AUGUCGGCCUGCGCGGUGGCGGCUGCCGCUGCGCGAGGCCGCUGCUUGGCAGCGGCGGCGCUAAGCCGGGCCAGGGCCGCUUCGGCUUCCUCGCGGCCCUGGGGGGGUCUCCGCGCGGCGGCGGCGGGGGCGGCGGGGCUGUGGGCAGGAUCUGCCCCCAAGCGCCUCCUCUCUUCCCGGAACCGUCCUGAGGGCAAAGUGCUGGAAACAGUGGGUGUAUUUGAAGUGCCAAAACAGAAUGGCAAAUAUGAAACAGGGCAGUUAUUCCUCCAUAGCGUGUUUGGAUACCGGGGAAUAGUUCUGUUUCCUUGGCAAGCUAGGUUGUAUGAUCGAGACGUUACUACUCCAGUGCCUGAAAAGGGUGAGAAUUCAGCAGGCCACGGAUCCAAAGAAGUGAAGGGGAAGACGCACACUUACUACCAAGUGCUCAUAGAUGCUCGCGACUGUCCCCAUAUAUCCCAGAGAUCUCAGACAGAAGCUGUGACUUUCUUAGCGAACCAUGAUGAUAGCAGAGCCCUCUAUGCAAUACCAGGACUUGACUAUGUAAGCCAUGAAGACAUCCUUCCAUACACAUCCACCGAUCAAGUGCCCAUCCAGCAUGAGCUGUUUGAACGGUUUCUGUUGUUCGAUCAGACAAAAGUUCCACCCUUUGUGGCGAGGGAUACACUGUGUGCUUGGCAGGAGAAAAACCAUCCCUGGCUGGAACUCUCCGAUGUGCACCGGGAAACUACCGAAAACAUCCGCGUGACGGUCAUCCCGUUCUACAUGGGCAUGCGAGAAGCCCAGAAUUCCCAUGUCUACUGGUGGCGCUACUGUAUCCGCCUGGAGAAUCUGGAAAACGAAGUGGUGCAGCUCCGGGAAAGGCACUGGCGGAUAUUCAGCUUGUCUGGAACACUGGAGACUGUUCGUGGCCGGGGAGUAGUGGGGCGAGAGCCAGUCCUGUCCAAAGAGCAGCCAGCCUUCCAGUACAGCAGCCACGUCUCCUUGCAGGCAUCCAGCGGUCACAUGUGGGGCACUUUCCGCUUUGAACGGCCCGACGGCUCUCACUUUGAUGUCCGAAUCCCACCCUUCUCUCUGGAAAGCAACAAGGACGAGAAGACGCCCCCUUCCGGUCUCCACUGGUAGAGCUGUCCUCAGGAAACCAGGCACUCCAGGAACCGGCACCCCCUUUUUCAAAGGCUGAAAUGGAUUGUGUUUUUAAAAAACAUUUUGAUCCCCCCUCCCUUUGU